AGGGGCUCUAUCUGUAACAUACACGCACGCGCACGCACACUCAGCCAAAAUGCGUCACAAAAGCAGCUAUCGCGAGAUGUGGAGGAGUCGCGCUCUGAUUUGCUGAACUGAAAACUGCGUCAUACUAUCCUGGUCGCGUUCAGCUUGAAGUAAAUGUGAAGUUAAGGUUCGUUUCUGGAGAAAGCAAAGGAACUGACGGAAAGCAGAAGCUCGCAGGGACGUCGCGGUUCUUUCGCAGCUAUGAGGAGAAGUAAGGCGGACGUUGAACGCUACAUUUCUUCAGUGGAGAGCUUCUCUCCUUCUCAAAAAGAGAAAACAGCGAAGGGAUUUUUAUUUGCAAAAUUAUAUUUUGAAGCCAAGGAGUAUGAACUCUCUAAAAGACAUGUAUCAGCAUAUUUAACAGUCCAGGGCAGAGAUCCCAAGGCGCAUCGAUUCCUCGGUCAGCUUUAUGAACAAGAAGGUGAAAUUGAAAAAGCUGUCGGAUGUUACAAGCGCUCUGUGGAUCUGAACCCAGCACAGCGAGACCUGGUUAUGAAAAUAGCCGAGCUGUUAUGUAGCAAAGCGGAACCUGACAGCAGGGCAGAAUUCUGGGUGGAGAGGGCUGCCAAACUUUUGCCGGGUCACCCUGCAGUGUUCGACCUAAAGGAGAAACUGCUGAGUGUGCAGGGACAGCGAGGCUGGAACCAGCUUUAUGACCUGCUGCAGUCUGAGCUCCGGCUGCGCCCCUCUGAUGCCCAUGUAAACCGGAGACUGGUGCAGCUCCACUGCUUGGAUGGACGGUUGGAGGAAGCAGCUAAGCACUGCAUGGCUGUGGAAAGCACUGGUGUCUUAAGACACAGUCUGGACUGGUACACCACUGUUGUCCAUACAUUUCAGGAAUACCUGGCUCAACCAAGUGUAUCUUCUAAUGAGAAGGCAUGUCGCAAGUUCCAAAAGGAGCUCCUGCUAGCGCAGAGUAAUCUGCUGAGGCUCACAAUUGCCGAAAAAGAUUGCAGGGAAAGUGUAAUUGCACUCCAAAUAUUUGACCAUGCUAUGCAGUCUUUAAAGAACACUGCCUCAAAAGCUGUGGAUGAGCUGCUGGAGGUGUUCACGGAAAUGAGAGCUCAUCUGUAUCUUUAUGCUGGAACCCUGCUUCUGAAGAUGGCCAUGGAAAAAGAACAGCAGUGGAGAGCCGUUGUUGAUUUAGCAGCCCUCUGUUACCUUCUGGCUUAUCAGGUUCCAAGACCAAAGACUAAACCUGAGAAAGAUGAACGAGCAUCCCUGAAACCUCUAGAGUCAUUAGCUUGUUAUCGUCAAAGCCAGGCAGGCCACAUGCUGUUGAAUUUAAAACAGGAGACUGAGCACUUUGUGAAGGAGGUGGUGGAGGUGUUUGGGAACAGAAUUGGCCGGGACACCCUGUUCGAGACGCUUUUCAGUGCUCAAGCUCCAGUGGAUCUCUCGUUCAUCGGAAAUGACAACAUCUCCAACCUUAGCUCUCAGCCACCAGACAUACAAGGCCUGGCUAAGUGGGACACGGGCUCCAUCUUGCAUUGUGGAGAUUUACAACACCUGACAUGGCUGGGAUUGCAGUGGUCAAUGAUGAGCCAGAGACCUGCUAUAAAAGACUGGCUUAAACAGCUUUUUCCUCGUCUCACUCUGGAGACAUUCAAACUGGACACCAAUUCUCCAGAGUCAAUCUGUCUGCUUGACCUUGAGGUGUUUCUCUGUGGUGUGAUAUUCUCAAGUCACACUCAGCUCCAAGAAACAGCAAAGAUUUCCGCUACAUCACAGCUGCACGAGCCGAGAUGUUUACCUCUGCAACUGAUGAAACUCUUAUCCUCAGAGAAACAAAGAGAGUGGUGGGAAGCAGUCUACAAUCUUAUUCAUAAAAAGGCAUUACCCAAUACAUCUGCUAAAUUAAGAAUGAUAGUCCAGCAUGGCUUAAACACACUGCGAGCAAGAGAGAAACAUGGUCUUCAACCUGCACUGCUCAUCCACUGGGCCAAACAUCUCAGCAUCAUGGGUGAUGGUGUGAACUCUUACUAUGACCAGAAAGAAUAUGUUGGCCGUAGCGUGCAUUACUGGAAAGUUGUGCUCCCUUUGCUUGAGAAAAUUGAGCGCAGACGCAGCAUUCCUGAACCUCUCGAUCCUUUAUUUAUUCAUUUCGCCAGUAAGAACAUACAGGUUUCACAAAGUAAAGCUUAUGAAGAGGAGGCUAAGAUCGCAUUCGCUACUCUUCUAGACAUUGAGGGCAACACACAUCAGGCUAUCUCAGAUCUUAAUCAAAUUAACAGUAUCUCUUCCCACUGGCAUCUUGCUCGGAUCUAUCAGAGACUCUCUGAGGAGGCAGGAAAUGGAGUUGAGGAAACUCAAGACAAGUACAUCAACUAUCUCCAGCAGUUAAAAAAAUACAUAUUAAAGGUCUUGCAUGCCAGUGAAGAUGACACUGAGAAGCUGCCUGUAUCAAUGGAGGAAAUUCUGGACUUACUCAGUGAUGUCAAUCAGCAGCUUGGAGAGAACGGAGAGGUUGUGGAUGGAGUUUGUGAAGAACAUCCAUUGACUUCAAGCCCAAGAUCUUUCACAGAACCAACUGCAGCUGCUUCCCAUAAAUUCUCAAUGUCCUCACCAGCCAAAAAUCUUCUCUCCCCCUCUAAGAGAUCAGUGUUUUCUCCAAAAACACCCCCUCACUGGGCAGAAGAUCAGAAGUCACUUUUGCAGUUGCUCUGUCAACAAGUCGAAUCUUUAAAGAAUGAAGUUCAUGAUCUGAGGCACAAUUCAGCUGUCGCAGCAGAGUCCCCAUUUCACAGAGUGUAUGGAGGGAAUUAUCCAGCUGAGACUCUCCAGGAACCCUUUCCAGCAGCACAGUCGUUUCACGGAGUACCACUUACUGUUGCCACUACAGGUCCUUCAGUAUAUUACAACCAGUCUCCUGCAUAUAAUUCACAGUACCUACUUCGCACUGCUGCUAAUGUAACACCAUCCAAGGCACCUGUCUAUGGAAUGAAUCGUCUCCCCCAGCCACACAUGUAUGCCUACCAGCAACCAACACACACUCCCCCCCUUCAAACAGCAGCAUGCAUGUACCCUCAAGAUCAGGUUUUUGGUGCUACAGGCUUGCUGUCCCCAUACAAUGAAGAAUACUGCAGUCAUAAUGUUUCUCAGCCAUCAACCAAUCCAACAUUGCCAGAGCCUGGAUACUUCACUAAGCCACCUGUACUACCUGCUCAGUCCUGUAAGAGCAACGAAGGCAAGUCGGUAGACAUAAAAAUGAUCUUUAACCAGCAAAUUCCUGGUGAAACAUCUAAGAUUGGGACCACAGCUCCAAUCCAAAGCACACAAACAGCAGCUGCAUUUAAGUUCAAUUCCAAUUUUAAGUGUAAUUCUGGUGACUUUACUUUCUCUUCUGCAGAGUUGAAAAAUAACAGUGAAAGCCUUUUGGGGCUUCUGACCUCAGAUAUUCCUCCUAGAACCGAAAGCCAGUCAGCCCUAAAGUCUCAGCCGCAAGACCAAACAGCCAGUCAGAGUGGGGUCUUUACUUUUGGUAGUAAAAAUGCUUCCGGGUUUUCGUUUGUUGAAGGGACACAGGGUAAAGCAACUCUUUUCGGAAAAUCUGACAAAUCAUUUGACUUUGCAAAUAUGUCCAAGCCAGUGACUGGGGUGGAAAAUGAUGGGAAAUGUGAUGAAAGUGAUGACAGCACCCAUGUUGAAGAGGAUGAGGAUGGACCACACUUUGAGCCCAUUGUUCCUCUGCCAAAUAAGAUUGAUGUGAAAACUGGGGAGGAGGAGGAAGAAGAAAUAUUCUGCAACAGAGCAAAAUUGUUCCGUUUUGAGGCAGAAACGAAGGAAUGGAAAGAAAGAGGCAUCGGAUUAAUUAAAAUCCUUAAGCACCAAAAAUCAGAUAAAUAUCGGGUGUUGAUGAGGAGAGAACAAGUUUUGAAAAUAUGUGCAAAUCACUACAUCACUGCAGACAUGGCUCUAAAACCAAAUGCUGGGUCUGAUAAGUCAUGGGUAUGGUAUGCUAUGGACUAUGCUGAUGAAAUGUCGAAGACCGAGCAGCUGGCUAUUCGUUUUAAGACUGCAAAUGAAGCGGUUUUAUUCAAACAAAAAUUUGAGGAAGCCCAGGCAGCUAUUCUUGAACAUCAAACAAUGCAAGGUCAACUAAAAGAAAAUGACACACAGUUAUCAACGUCUGAGGAAUCUACCAAAAAACCUGAUCUAAAAACCCUUUUUGCUAAGAAGGCAGGUGACUGGGAUUGUACAGUUUGCUGUGUAAGAAAUAACUCCUCAUCUAAACAGUGUGUUGCCUGCAGUGGCCCCAAUCCUUUUGCUAAUUCAAAACCUGAAGCUAAACCAGCUGCAGUAUUUAAAAGUACUCCUGCUCCAUCAGCGGGCGCCUUUACUGUACUUGGAAGUGCUGGAAGUUCCAAGGAUGCCAGUAGUGAUUCCAGCUUCAAGGCAUUUGGAGCUCAAAUUCCUUUUUCCUUUAAAUUUGGAACAUCCAAUCAGAGUGAAGCAGCAAAAUCACAGGAAAGUUCCAGUUCCUCUGGUCCAGAAGUCAAGACCUCAAGUGUUGCAAGUGUUUCAAUUGAGUCUGGAUUUGCCUCUCAGUUUGGUAAGAAACCAGGACAGUGGGAUUGUUCCACAUGUGCAGUGAGAAAUGAGGCUUCUGCAAGCAUUUGUAUUGCGUGUCAAACCAAAAACUCCGCUGCACCAGAAUCUACCAAACAGUCUGCAAGUUUGCAAAGUUCAGCUCAACUAAAGGAAACUAACUCCAAGCCUUCUACCUUUGUGGAUUCUAAAAAAAAUCUGGAUCUGAAAACCCUCUUUGCUAAGAAGGAAGGCGAUUGGGAUUGUGAUGUUUGCUGUGUAAGAAAUAAAUCCUCAUCUAAAGAAUGCGUUGCUUGCAGCAGCCCCAAUCCUAGUUCUGAAUCAAAACCUGAAACUAAACCAGUUGAGGGAUUUAAAAGUGCUCCUGCUUCUGCUUCCUCAAAGGGAGGCUUCACUUUUGGACUUGGUGAAAGUUCCAAGGAUACCAGUGGUGGUUCCAGCUUCAAGUCAUUUGGAUCACAAAUUCCCUUUUCCUUUAAAUUUGGAACCCAGCCAUCCAAUCAGAGUGAAGCAGCAAAACCACAGCAAAGUUCCAGUUCCUCUUUACAAAAAGUCACCUCUUCAAGUGUUGCACCAUUUGUGAUUGGACUUGACUCUCAGUUUGGUAGGAAACCAGGACAGUGGGAUUGUGAUUCCUGCUUGGUCAGGAAUGAAGCAUCUGCAAAAAACUGUGUUUCGUGUAAUGCUCCAUGUAGCAGUAACCAAAAUGAAGCACAGUGGGAUUGUGGUGACUGUCUGGUUAGAAAUGAAGGCACAUCCAGUCAUUGUGUGUCCUGCAAGAAACCUAAUCCAAAUUCAGACGCAACCAAGGCAGCACCAGCACCUUCCUCCUUUAGCUUUACUGCUGAUAGUCAAGCUAACCAUCCUCCAAGUACAGGGUUUACAGCUAGCACUUUUAAAUUUGGUCUGGAUAAUAAAGGUGUGCCAACAACCGCUCAAGGUGAAACAUCUUCAAGUGAAUCAAAAUUCUCUUUUUCUGUCCCUGCAUUAACCAGUGAAUUAAAAUUCGGUUUGAAAGGAUCUGAAUCAAAGCCAGCAAACAGCGGAUCUGCCUCUGAGUUUCUGAAAAACAUUGCUGAACAACACCGAGAAAAAGAAAAAGAGGUUUCCUCCUCAUCUGUCCAGUCAGAGAGCAAUACUAUUAAUGAGGACUGUCCGCUGAUUACAGGAAAGCAAAAUGCCCCUAGUUUCGCAGACUUGGCAAAGACUUCAGAAGGAAACUUUCAGUUUGGUCAGAAGGAUACCAGUUUUAAAGGUUUUGCAGGAGCUGGUGAGCAGCUUUUUACUUCAUUUCUGCAAAGCAAAAGGGCAGACGGCUCCGUUAACCAGGAAGAGGAGGAAAUGUAUAAAACUGAAGAAAAUGAUGAUAUUCAGUUUGAACCUGUGGUAAAGAUGCCUGAUAAAGUUGACCUUGUUACAGGAGAAGAAGAUGAGGAAUGCAUGUACUCAGUGCGUGCUAAGCUUUUCAGGUUUGAUAACGAAACUCAUCAGUGGAAAGAGCGGGGGGUUGGAAACCUAAAACUUCUUAAAAAUAAUGAAAAUGGCAGACUUCGAGUUCUAAUGAGACGAGAGCAAGUGCUGAAGGUGUGUGCUAAUCACUGGAUCACUACAAUAAUGAAUUUAAAGCCUCUUUCUGGUUCAGAUCGUGCCUGGGUAUGGUUAGCGAAUGACUCUUCAGAUGGAGAUCCCAAGCUAGAACAGUUGGCUGCCAAGUUCAAAUCUCCAGAGCUUGCGGAAGAGUUCAAGCAAAAGUUUGAGCAUUGUCAGCAACUCCUUUUGGACAUCCCUUUGCAAACCCCCCAUAAGCUGGCUAAAUCAGACCGAACAGCAAAUCUUAUACAAAAGGCUGAGGAAAUGAAAUCUGGUCUUAAGGACCUCAAAUCAUUCCUGACUUGUGAUGGAAUGAAGGGCAAGCACGAGGUACACAAAGCAUCAUCUGCCAACGAUACGUCCGAGCUCAUUAGCAAACCCCACAGUGAGAGCAUUGGACCCACUCUGGAAUGGGAUAAUUAUGAUUUGCAAGCAGAUGUUCAUGAUGAAAGUGCCGACACCUCCAUAUAUGCUUCUCCACUCGCUAGCAGCCCCUUGCAAAAAAAUUUGUUCCGGUUUGGAGAAUCAACUUCUGGGUUUAGUUUCAGCUUUCAGCCUAUUCUUAGUCCAUCUAAAUCCCCAGCUAAGCUGAAUCAGAGUGGGACAUCUGUAGGAACAGAUGAUGAACAAGAAAUAAGUCAAGAGGAGGAAAGAGAUGGGCAGUACUUUGAACCAGUUGUGCCAUUGCCUGAUGUGGUUGAGCUUUUAAAUGGAGAAGAGAAUGAACAGGUAGUGUUCAGUCACCGAGCAAAAUUGUACCGCUACGAUAAAGACCUCAGCCAGUGGAAAGAAAGAGGCAUAGGAGACAUAAAAAUCUUACAGAAUUAUGAUACAAAGCGCACCAGGCUUGUGAUGCGACGUGACCAGGUUUUUAAGUUAUGCGCGAACCACUGGAUAAAAUCGGACAUGAAACUUGAGCCGAUGAAAGGAGCAGAAAAGGCGUGGAUUUGGAGUGCUUACGACUUUGCUGAAGGAGAAGGAAAAGUUGAGCAGUUGGCUGUGCGCUUUAAAUUGCUGGAGACUGCAAAUUCUUUCAAAGAAUUUUUUGAGAACGCCAAGGAUGCCCAGGAACAGGAAACCCUUCUGGUGUCCGCUUCCCCUAAAGAAGUCUCGACCUCUCCCAAAUCCCUGUGUGGUAAAGCUGCUAUUGAGGUGCUUGAGGAGACGACUAAAGAACAGACAGAACCGCCUUCUGAAAGCAGUCAUUCACCUGCAGUGAAUCUCAGUCCACAUAACACCUCUAAAGCAGUGGUCUCUCCCCCCAAGUUUGUCUUUGGUUCAGACUCUGUGCAGAAAAUAUUCGGAAGCCCAGGAUCUUCUAAACAGGUGGUUUCUAGUCCUGCUACAAGCCCAACACACUGUGCAUCAAGCUCUAGAACAGACGAAAGGAAGAUGAUUACUCCAUUCAAAGUGCCUGAAAGAGUGUCUUCUGAGAUCCUGGACGACACAACUAAUGCCGGGGACAGCUGUGACCCUGAUAUUAAAAUCGUGUUUGAACAGAAACCAACUAAAGAGCAGGAAGAACUCGCCCGAAAACUGAUGCUGCCACCAACGUUUUUUCUUUACAAAAAUAAGCCAGGAUAUGUGAGCGAUGAUAGUGAUGAUGAAGAUUUCGAGACUGCUGUAGGAAAUCUGAAAGGAAAACUGUAUCCAGAUUGUGGCAGACAUGGUCUAGCCAGUGGAGUUGCAGAGGAACCUGAAUGUGUGCUUGUCUGGGAAAAGAAACCAACCUUGGAGGAGGAGAGAAAAGCCAAGAGCCUUCAGCUUCCCCUCACGUUUUUCUGUGGUACUAGUAGUGAUCCAGACACUGAGCUUGACAGGCCAGAGGACUUUGGAACAGAGUUACAAAAGGUCCAGCAAGCUCAGAGUGAAAUGUUCAAGCAAAAGAAAAACACUGACCAGCCUGCUGUAGCUGAUACUGGCUGUCCUAUUGACCUCUCUACAAAGACCCAGGAAGCUGAAAGAACUGACUCAAGCACCACUCAAGAUGUCCCUUCUGCUUUCAAUUUUGUUUCUCAAAAUGCAUUUACAUUUGCAGACCUGGCAAAGAAUUCUGAGGAAUAUGCAUUUGGAAAAAAAGACUCAAACUUCUCCUGGGACAAUGCUGGAGCAGCAGUCUUUGGCACCACCGUGACAGCUUCUCGAAAUGAGAAUGAAGACGAGGAGGGUAGUGAUGACGAUGUUUCAAACAAUGACAUUCACUUUGAGCCCAUUGUUUCCUUACCUGAGGUCGAGGUGAAGUCUGGUGAAGAAGAUGAGGAGAUUCUUUUCAAGCAGAGGGCGAAGCUGUUCAGAUGGGAUCGCGAUUUAAACCAAUGGAAAGAGCGUGGAGUUGGUGAUCUGAAGAUACUCUUCCAUCCAGUGAAAAAGCACUACCGUGUCCUGAUGAGGCGUGAGCAGGUUUUAAAGGUGUGCGCUAAUCACACCAUCACAAAGGACAUCGAGCUGAAACCCAUGAACACCUCUGCUAAUGCACUCGUUUGGACGGCUUGUGACUACGCAGAGGGAGACGGCAAGGUGGAGCAGCUCGCUGUUAAAUUUAAGAACCCUGAACUUGCUGAAUCCUUCAGGAAAACCUUUACAGAUUGCCAGAAGUGCCUGACUCAAGUGGACUUGGCCCAGUCUUCAAAAGUCAUGGAACUUUGUUGCCCAAGCAACCCAUUGGUGUUUUUCGCUAUAGCUGCUGAUGAUGAAUCACUCGGCAUGAUCACGAUGGAGCUUUUUGCCAACAUCGUCCCUAAAACAGCAGAAAAUUUCAGAGCUUUGUGUACUGGAGAGAAAGGAUUUGGUUACCGGAAUUCUAUUUUUCACAGAAUCAUCCCUGAUUUCAUGUGUCAGGGUGGUGAUAUAACUAAUCAGGAUGGCUCAGGUGGGAAGUGUAUCUAUGGCGAGAGGUUUGAGGACGAGAACUUUGAAGUGCGCCACACAGGACCGGGUAUACUGUCUAUGGCCAAUCGUGGCCGAGACACCAACAACUCUCAGUUUUUCAUCACGGUAAAGAAAGCUGAACAUUUGGACUUUAAACAUGUUGCCUUCGGUGUUGUCAAAGAAGGCAUGGAUGUGGUGAAGCGAAUGGAAGAGCUGGGCUCUAAAAAAGGCAAACCGAGCAAGAAGAUAACAAUUGUUGACUGUGGACAGCUGUAGUUUUUCCUACAAUAAGUUCAAUUGUGAUAGUUUUUUCGUGUUCUGCUUGUUUAUUGCUUGGUUGACUAUAUUCUUGUUAAAAACAUGAACAGGUGAACACUCUAGCUGAAUAAACACAUUGGGAUAAUCUUAAACAGUACAUUUUUGUGUUUUUACUCUGUAUAGGUUUCAGAAACUUUUGCUUUUUACAGCAUUGUGAAUUCUAAAUUUUUCUGCUUUUUUGCCAAUAUUAAAGGUUGAACAAGGAA